GGGGAGGGGAGAGACCAGGGGGCGCGAAGAGGGGAGGAGAGGCGGGUCUGGAGCCCCCCGCUGCCGGAGGCCACAGGGCGGCUGCACCGGGAGGUGCGUGUCCAGCCCGGGACGGGAGCCCCAGGCCAGGGAGGGGCAGAGGCUGGGCCUGAGGCCUGGGCCGGCCACUGGGCUAGUACUCGGUAACUGCCGGAAGGAUGAAGACUUGUCUUUUAAGGAUGACAACGUGCACCAAAGGCCGGUCAACUGAUCUCCCCUACUGUGGGCCCACAGCACCUCUCAAACCCCACACUACCCACACUCUCUGUCUAGCUUGUGUCCCUAUCUCUUCUCUGAGGUCUGUCCUCAUUCUACUGGUCCCCAGGAAGUCCCAUUUCAGAGUCCCAUUUCUGUCUGGUGACAGUGUUUCCCUCCCUACGGUAACCUGUCCGGAGGCCCAUCUAACCAUCCUCAUCCCCAGCCUCACAUCCUUUCUCACCUUCUUCCUUCACGCAGGGGACCCUCUGCCUCUCCACCCCACCCCCAACCUCCUUUGUCUUGGUUUCCUGGUCUUGACUGCCUCCCUGUCCCCUCCCACACCCAUUCACCCACCAUCCUCCCAACCAUCCCAGCACCCUCCUUCCUAAUCUUGGGAGGCAUCUCAUCUGGCUGAACUGGAGAAUUCCGGGAUCUAGGCCAUCCUCCUUAGCUGACAGCCCCAUCCUUGGGAGGAGGAGCAGAAGGGGAAGAACUGAGGUGGGGGUGAUGGGAACAAGGUCAGGCCAGGAGGCCCCUGAGGACAGAGACUGUGAGGAGACUGGGAUUGAGGGGAAAGCAAAGGAACUAGAGCCAGGGCCAAAGGAAGAGGGGGGCCAGCAGGAGGUAUUUGCGGGGGAGGUUCAGCAGCUGUCUUCCCUAAGACAGGGACACAUGGGCCUGGUUAUUCUUCUUGUCACAUAUGGAGUGGUAGGAGAUGGAAGAGGGAGAAAGACAGGGCAAGUGCAGGAGAGCUUGGGCACAGAGUUAAGUGGCCUUAGCUGUCUGAGCUGCUGGGCCCUGAGCUCAGCCUCACCCCCACCCCCUCCCUACCACCACCACCACAAACAGCCCUCACCGUGCAGUCCUCUCAAAUUGUCCAAACGCUUUCCCCACAACACUGACCAAUGACAGCGUCAUUCUCUAAAAUGGGCAAUACCCACAUUCCCACUGGGAAAGGGGAAAUAAGACAUGACUCCGAGAGGGUUAUAGGAAAGAAAAGCAGAAAAGCAAGAGCCCUAAUGGAUUUCAACAGCAGGUGAAAAGAAAUUUACCCAGUCAAGAACUGAAAAACCCACCAAUAUACCUAAAACCAGAACCAGACCUUUGUGACUCUUCCCCAGGAACAAAAAUGUCCUGCCCGAUUCCUCCUAGAAAAAAACCCUGUUCCCCUCUCAUCUCCUUCCCCAGCCAGGCCCCAGGUUUCCCAUCUCCUAGAAAAAGAUGGAUCCCUCUGUUCAAAUCCUCUGUGUGGUGUGCGUGGGUGGAAGAGCUGGGCUCCGCUGGUGGACCAUGGUCCAGGCAGGGGCUCCAUGUUCAGUGCGGGUGGGAGGAGAAGGCGUCACUUCCGGGGGCCUUCGCCAGUGUCUGGUAGCUCCCUGCUCUCUGAUUGGGCAGAAGUGGCCUGGGCAGGCGUGUGACCCUACUGCUGUGGAGGGGCUGUGCCCCAACACUACAUGUCUUCCUACCCAUCUGCACCCCAGAGGGCUGCCUGCUGUGCACCUGGGUCCUGGAGCCCUUCUCCACCCGGUGAGUGGCAAGCAGGUUUUGGAGUUAAGUGAGGGUAGGAAGGACAGGAAAGAGAAAUUGGGCUUUCAGCUGGGGGAGGGGCAGGCAAACUGGAACCUACAGGCACUGACCUUUGUAGAGAAGAGUGUAGCCUUCCCAGAAUGGGAGGAGCAGGACAGAGCAGGGGUAGGGGGUGGGGUGCUGGGUUCUGAGGGACUGAUCUCAGACUUGGAGGAAUAUAGCAGUCCUGGCGGGUCCUAAGGAAAGGGGACAUGUGCUCAGGGAGAAAAUAAGAAAGGUGGCACAUUUAGGGCUUAGGACACAUAGCAUCAAGCUGGACACAGAUCCAAUCCCCAUUCUUACCCAGCCAUUCCUAGUUAGCUUAAGGUUCUGAAUUGUGGGACCGGAGAAGCUGGGACGAAGGAGAGGGUAAUGGGAGGAGGGCUCAUGCAUGUUGACAGACCUACAGGAAAUCCCAAUAUUGAAUCAGGUGCAGGCCUCUUUGCACUACUCGUCAAAGAAGGAGGAGGCCAUGUGGGGGGUCCUGCAAAGGAACUGGAAGGGUUCUGCAAAGGGGGCAGGGAGGAAGAUAUGGGCUAUGAGAUGGAUACGGUGGGUGUCCAAGGUGAGGUAAGCCGUGUAAGGUGGGUACCUCACUCAGCAGGUGCCCAUUCCUGGGCAUCUUGCCUCAGGUGGCAAGUCCCAAGACUGUUAGCCCAUCUCUUCACCUUGGAUAACCCAGUAUUUCAGAACUGGGAGUGUAAAGAAAAACUCCAAGAGGCUUAUGGGUGGGGGUAAAUGGAAAGAGAAUGAUAGGUUCAUUGCUCCCAUACCGCCUUUUCAUAAUCUUGUAAUCACCAACCCCUAGUAGUCCAGUUUUGUUUUUGCCCAACUCGCCUCCUCAGCCCCACUCCCCAAGCCACCCCUCAACACAUUGCACGUGUUUACUAGCUCCUCACCUUGACCCUGUAUCCAGCUUUCCAACCUCUUCUCCAGGGCUUAUGCCACAAUACUUCUGUUCCCUUUCCCCGUCCUAGAUUGUCUCCAACCAAACAACCAAGGUUGCUCAGAAUUUGAGGCCAGUUAAGAUGUGUGUGUGUGUGUGUGUGUGUGUGUGUGUGUGUGUGUGUGUGUGUGUGUAUACAGAUUCUGUCCUGCUCUCAGCAGGGGGCUGGUGCCCCACAGCAGAUUCACCAAGGAGCCUGACAAAAAGGAGACGCAAUAUGCUGCACUCACACGGAAACCUGGGAGCAGUCAGAGCUCUAGCAGUUCUAGGCUGGUCGGCGGCUCACACCCUCCCAGCAGCUGUUCCCCCCAGCCAGGCAGUCUUUUCCUUGACACCUGAUUAAAUGUUCAUUAUUCCUGUCACUUGCAGGAUAGAUUCCAGACCCUCUUCCUCAGCCCACCUGUGCCCCACAGUGCAAGAAGUGCAAGAGCCCAAGCCGCCUCCAUGGCCCCAGGAAGGAUUCAGGGGAGAGGCCCCAUCCAGGGAGCCACUCCAACCAGACAGCGUGGCCAGAAUGGAGCUGACUGAACUGCUCCUCGUGGUCAUGCUUCUCCUAACUGCAAGACUGAAUCUAUGCCUUCCGGCUCCUCCAGCCUGUGACCCCCGUCUCCUAAAUAAACUGCUUCGUGAUUCCCAUGUCCUUCACAGCAAAUUGAGCCAGUGCCCAGACGUUAACCCUUUGUCCACACCUGUCCUGCUGCCUGCUGUGGACUUUAGCCUGGGAGAAUGGAAAACCCAGAAGGAGCAGACCAAGGCACAGGACGUUCUGGGAGCCGCGACCCUUCUGCUGGAGGGAGUAAUGGCAGCACGGGGACAACUGGGACCCACCUGCCUCUCAUCCCUCCUGGGACAGCUUUCUGGACAGGUCCGCCUCCUCCUUGGGGCCCUGCAGGGCCUCCUAGGAACCCAGGACCACAGCUCACAAGGAUCCCAAUGCCAUAUUCCUGAGCUUCCAACAACUGCUCCGAGGAAAGGUGCGCUUCCUGCUGAUUGUAGUAGGGCCCACUCUCUGUGCCAAGCAGGCCCUGCCCACUACAGCUGGCCCAAGCAAUACCUCUGUAGUCCUCACACUACACAAGCUCCCAAACAGGACUUCUGGAUUUUUGGAGACAGACUCCCGUGUCGCAGCCAGAACUACUGGCUUUGGACUUCUGAAGAGGCUGCAGGGAUUCAGAGCCAAGAUUCCUGGUCGGCUGAACCAAACCUCCAGGUACCUAGACCAAAUCCCUGGACACGUGAACAGGACACACGGACCCUUGACUGGAACUCAUGGACUCUUUCCUGGACCCUCACCCAGGGCUCUAGGAGCCCUUCCAGGAACUUCAGACAUGAGCUCCCUGCCACCCGACCUCUGGCCUGGAUAUUCUCCUUCCCCAACCCAUCCUCCUACUGGGCAAUACACACUCUUCUCUCCUUCACCCACCUCACCCACUCCCCCGAUCCAGCUCCAGCCUCCACUUCCUGACCCCUCUGUCACACCCAACUCUGCCAGUCCUCUUCUAAUUGCACCCCACCCUCACUUCCAGAAUCUGUCUCAGGAGGAGUAAGGUACUAGGGCCCUGCCAGCUUCAGCACUGUCUCCCAUGUAAAGUUCCCUUAACCGGAGGGGAGGCCCUGGGAAUCAAGUUAUACCAGAUUUCCUGCUUUCACCUGAAACCCAAAGCCCUGCUAAAGCGGGAUACACAGGACAGAAAAGGGGAUCAUUUUUCACUGUAUAAUGUAAAACUUCAGAAGCUAUUUUUUUAAGCUAUCAAUAAUAUUCACUAGAGCAUCUA